GCUGCUGGAAGAUGUUCUCUCAGUUCAGGACACCUCCUCCAUGGCCAGCCUGCUGGAGAUCCUCGUCAUUCUGUGGAAGAGUGUUCAGAAAUCUCUAAUGGCUAAUCAAGAGGCCUUUAAGUACACCACUGCAAAGUUUGGAUCUUCUCUGCCCCAAUACCUUAAAAUCUUUCAGGAGGAGCGAUGCAAAGCACCUCUCAUUCUUCUAGCAUCUUUACUUCCUGCCUCUGCUCUUCCAGCUCUGAGGAGUAAAGUGAUGUCUCACUUGAGGAGCUUGAAAGCGGGUGCUGCUGUGACAACGUACAGUCAGACGUUGGAAUGUCUCUGUAGCUGGGGGCAGAUCAGCCAUAUAGUGGAGCUUAUCGAGAACUGGCUCACUGAGGCCGCACCUGUGAAAGAGCAGGGUGAUGAAGAAUCAACUGGCAAAGUGCAUUUUGAUGUCCUGGAGGAGUCAAAGCCAGAUCUAGGCCUAGACUAUCUGGAUUACAUGCUCUUGAGACCUAAAACACGAGAAUGUCUGCUCACACUGCCCCUGGAUCAGAUGAGACCACUUCAUAAAGCCCUCAACAAAUGGAAGUCGCUGCUGUUCUCCUCUUUGAGCGGAUCAGAGGUCAGCGUGGCAGCCAUUGAGACAGCACUGAGAGCUUUUAUCUUCCAUGGCAGACUCUGUAUACAUCUUCAACACAAAUUUCCAGAGGAGCGGGAGUUCCUCAAAUCUCUAGAGCAUUCGGUGUCCUGGGUUGAGAAGCGAGUCCUUCCUUUCUUGGUCAACUCCAGCAGUGAUCAACAACUGUCCUUAAGCACAAAGAUUGUAGAGAGCUGUGUAACAGUGUGCAAGAAUGUGCUGCGGGUUUCUGUUGGAGACAGUGAUUUCAGAGACCACUUACUGCAGCAUGUUGCCUCAGUACUGCAGACAGAGAAAGGAUACAUGUGCAUCCCUCAUUUGCUUGCUCUGCUUACUGAGAUUGCACAUGGCUGCCUUUCCCAAAAGGCUGAGGGACAGGAAGAUCAACUGUCCCUCACUAUCCGCAUUCUGACCAACAUCUUCCAGAAAGUUGUGGAGAUCUUAGCACAUCGUCUGCGGAAAGACAAGGAAGAGGGUCAAGAGCUGUGUUGCUCUUCUGAGGAAGCUCUUCAUGACUUCCUGCUGGUGACUAAGUUCACAAGUGAGAGGUCGGAGUUCAUGACAGGAGUUUUCUCAUCACUCUGUGCUGCAGUUAUUAUUGAUAUCAGCCGCCCCCUGCAGAAGAUUUCUCAUGUGGAGGAGCUGUUGAUGCCAGAGACGGUCAAUGACCUUCCACCUCUUUCCAGCACCAUACUUAAAGUGACGCUUGGAUGUCCUGCUGUUACCAGGUUUUUUCUGUCUGAAUUGAGUUCCUCUAUAGAGUCGGAGGCCAUUGAUAGUAUCACGCAGUGGGCUGCAGUUACACACAUUCUGACCAUCAUCAAAGAAUCUGAUGCAUUUAUUGUGGAGUUGAAAGACAUUGCCGGGUCUGUACGCAGACAAAUACAGAACUACUACAACAGUAUUUCGGAAAACUCUGAUGAUAUACAGAGGACCAUCUACGAAUCCACUGUCAAAAUGCUGAAUGACGUCCUGAUUUCAUGCCAACAAACAAACAAUUAAACGGGCAAGCUGAUGACAGUAACUUGUGUGUACUCCUGCAAAAUCCUUUCUUUGUUUUCUCAGCUUAUUAAACUCUUGCAUUUUUUAUGUUCCCCUUUCUCUCUCAUUUGAAUGACCUUUAAGCAAAACAUCAUCUUUGAUCUUGAAACAUCAUUCAUUUUCAUUUGUGUGGUUUCAAAUGUAAAAGUUAAGUUCCAGCAUUCCAGAUAAGUACAUCGAUUUUCAUUCACAAAAGUACAUUUUUUAGAGACACAUCACUGAAUCUGGUGCGUCUUAAGAUGAUCUUUUAAGCUUUGUUUUUUCACUAAGGUGUCUUUGAAAUACAUCCCUACCAAUUUAUUUUUUCUACUUUACACUUGGAUACAACAAUAAUUAAUUGUGAUGUGUUGCCAGAGAAUAUACUUCUUUAUUCCAUUUUAAACAAUAGUAAUGUACAGACAAGUUGUUCCUAAAUGUACUGGAUUUACCCAAUUUAAGUAUGUACUGUAGAGCAUCACAAUCAAUCAUUGUGUGAAAUAAAGAAAAAGUAUUAAAUUCAGACAAA